UUUAUGGUCUCACAUACUUCUUCCGGAGGUGCAGGGCUAUUCAGAGAGCCUGAAAGGCACCAUAGAAGACACGUGUGAGUUGGGCUGACAGUUGUGUCAAGGGGGGAGCUGGGAGGCAGCAGAGGACAGCCAGCGGGAUUGGACGCAUCACAGAUUAUUUCGUUUCGCCCGGCUACUGAGGUUGCGGAUUAAACAGCACCAUGGAUGUACUCGCCUUGGAGGCAAAGAGUGUAAAUGGAGCAGAGGCUGAGAAGAAGUCGUCGUCGAGGCCCAAGCCCAAACCUCCCAAAAAGGCCAAAAGGAUUGUUUACUUUGAGGUGGAGAUCGUGGAUUUAAAGACCAAGGAGAAACUGCUGCUGCUGGAUAAAGUGGAGCCAACGGCCACUGUUUUGGAUAUCAAAGCUUUAGUUCACAAAUCAUAUCCAAAGUGGUACCCGGCCAGACAAUCCCUGCGUUUGGAUCCAAAGGCAAAGUGUCUCAGGGAUGAAGAAAUCCUGCAGACACUCCCUGUCGGAACCACAGCCAGCUUCUACUUCAGGGAUCUGGGACCGCAGCUCACAUGGGGAACGGUGUUCCUGACAGAGUGCGUAGGCCCCCUGGUCAUCUACCUAAUGUUCUACUUCCACCUUCCCUUCAUCUACUCUCCGAAAUACGACUUCACCAGCAGCAAGCACUGGGUCGUGCACUUGGCCUGCAUAUGUCACUCCUUUCACUACAUCAAGAGGAUCCUGGAGACAAUGUUUGUCCAUCGCAUCUCCCAUGGGACCAUGCCACUCAAAAACAUAUUCAAGAACUGUGGCUAUUACUGGUGCUCUGCAGCUUGGAUGGCGUACUACAUAAACCACCCCCUCUAUACCACACCAUAUUACGGACAGAUGCAGGUGAAUACAGGACUUUACAUUUUCUUGUUCUGUCAAAUUGGGAAUUUUUCCAUCCACAUUGCACUUCGUAACCUAAAACCACCAGGUUCAAAAACCAAGAAGAUUCCUUAUCCGACAAAAAAUCCCUUCACGUGGAUGUUUUGGCUCGUGUCUUGUCCGAACUACACAUAUGAGGUGGGCUCCUGGAUCGGCUUUACAGUGAUGACGCAGUGUGUGCCUGUGGCUUUCUUCACUCUUGUGGCCUUCAUCCAGAUGACAGUGUGGGCCAAAGGCAAACACUACAGCUACUUAAAGGAGUUCAGAGAUUACCCCACCCUGCGCUCCUCCAUCCUGCCCUUCAUCCUUUAGAGCCUUGCAGACGAAACAACGUUGUGUACCUACAUUCUUCCCUCUCACUGAGCAGGUCUUUUUUUUUUUAAAAGGACCUUUUACACACUGGAUGUCAGAAAGUGUGCUGAGGUCGACAGGAUUUUGGUCAUAUGGACUCCAUGUACAUUUUUUUUUUUUUUACAUGAAACUCCAUAGCAAGGAUUGUUGGACAGGUGCAAGCAAUGUGAGUUAAAUACAGCAAAGUCUUAAUAUAAUGUUGUAUGUUAUCUUGAAAAGCCAGAGGAUGAAACAAAUAUUUUGCUACAUUUUGAAAAUCACUUGUGCCACUAUGUAUUUUUGCUUUCCUGUUGCAUUGAGAGUGGCACUUAGUUUCACAUUAUGUUCACGGAUUACUUUCUGUGGUCUUUGGCAACGCGAUGAGUGGUUUCCCACAGAGCCGUGCAACCAAGAGGCUAAUCUGCAUUGCCAAACUAGUGUGCAGCCUGGAGCUGACAACUUUGUGGCCUCAUGCGGUGCUCUAACGAUGCAAGUGACAUUUAAGCUACAGCCCAGGGCGAGGAAAAAUAUUUUCUUUUUGUCUGUACAUGGAUCAAAAGUGUAUUUCCAGGAUAGGAAUAACAAAUAAUUAAGAAGAAAAAAAACACUGCGAACGGCAUGAACACUUACAAAAAUAUACCUCUUACUAGAAAAGAUGAUGAUGGUGCAUAAAGAGUUUAACUGAAAAAGAGCCAGUUUCCUGGUGUCUCAUAUUUAGUAAGUUUUGUGCAUUGUGCAGACCCUUUAUUUCAUUUGUGUACUAGUUGUGCAGAAACAAAGACGACCUGGAACUUUGUUGGUAGGAUUUGAUGAGGACAAAUUAUAUUUUGCUAUUCCAUUUUCACCGAAUGGGCUGAAUAUAUAGAACACUUCUCAUGGCUGAACCUUCAAAUUAAAUACAUUUUAUUUCAUUUGACUAAAGGUCCUGCUACAAGUUUCGGUUAAGGAGAGUAUUCAAUGGCAACCAGACUUUUACCUGCGGUGAAAAGUUUGUUUACAAUCUUUUGAUUAAAGACCCUCUCAAGGAAACAA